UCACAGCCGGCGGCCAGCUUUCUUGACUGCCGCUAUGUCGAUCAAUUUGGCAAUGGAUCGGAGGAGCCUAUUUGUGGCAAUGCUGAUCGCCUGUGUAUCCAUAUUUGGGACUGCGAACAACUUCGCCUCGAGGAUCAAAGCCGUGAUUCUUGGUGACUCCAACUUUGUGUGUGUAGUGCCUGAUUCCUUGGUGCAGCUCACUGUGAACCUGUUGUUCUUGACUGUUUUCACAAUUCGUGGCAAGGUGCCCCAAUCCCAAUUUCGAUAUAUUUUUGUUUGCGCGCGGUCCUUCGCCCAGAAUGGUGCUUGGAAGUACCUGGCACUUGCAGGAUCCAGUGACAUUGCAAACAAUGUAACUGGCCUGGCAGCACAGCCCUACCUGACGACUUUCAUGAUGUCCCUCAUGGACCAGGCAACGACUCCUUUCACAGUGGUCUUUUCCGUGUUGCUGCUGAAGAUCAGGUACAACUGCCUUGAGAUUGUGUCGGUGGUGGUUAUCAUAUUUGCUGCAGUUACGUGCGUACUCAUCGCUGGGGCUCACGGGGGCGAGGGCAGUUCCCAGUUCUGGGCGUUUUUUGCUGCCAUCACGACUUCCUUUGCGGCCUUGUCCUUUGUGCUGAAAGAGAUCGUGUUUACCGGCUUCAGGAACAGCCAGAAUGGGGACCUCCACACAGCCCUCAGGAUCCAACUUCAGCAGCCGCCGUUCAGCGAUGCGAACAGUGAACAGCUGCAGCGUCGUCUGAACGAGGGCGGUUUGCUUGAGGCAGCCGGGCCCGACAUACCUGACAUAGUGGCCCCAGACAAUCUCAACGUGUUUUUGGUUGGGAGCGUGAUUAACUUCGUGGGUUUGCUCUCGAGCGUGCCAAUUGCUUUGCUGAACCAUGCUGCCGUCUCUUCAGGGCCAUCGAUGCCUGCCCUGGUCGACGGUUUGCGGCUUCUUUUUGAGAAGGAGCACGCCAUGACGGCCUAUGUGGUCUACAUUUGCAUCAACACCAUCUUCAAUCUGAGCCUGAUCUUGACCACCAGCUACGGCUCUGCUCUGCUGAGCUUCCUCAGUCUGAAGGCUGCCGUGCCUUUGACGGCGAUUCUCAGCGCGGUGCCCUGGCCUGUGAUCGGCCCCAAGCCUUUGAACGCGGCAGACUGGCUGGCGCUCCUCGUCCUCAUCGCCGGCAUCGUCGCCUUUCGAGUGGGCAACCUCCAAAGGGAGAAGCACGCCUAGCCGCCUAGCCGCCUAGCCGCCUAGCCGCCUAGCCGCCUAGCCGCCCAGCCGGCUCGUCAAAUCUCAGAGUCCGAAGGUGCUCAGAUUGGUA